AUGCUUUCAAUCAGAGAUCAUAUCCCGCAAUCGGAAAUUCCGGCCAACUUGUCCAUGUACUCGGGCAUGGUGCCAAAUUUCCGAUUCAAUGUGACCAUGGCCGCGAUUUUUGGCCUCUUGUGGAUUUUCCAGUUGGGUGCUGGAGUGUACACGCGACAGUACUGGAUUUGCAUCGCUUUCAUCUGUGCGUGCGGUCUAGAAGUGGCUGGUUACACGGGCAGAGCAUUGAGCUCUAACGAUGUGCAAAAUGUAAACUACUUUUUGUUACAAUUUAUUUGUCUGACAAUUGCUCCAGUGUUCACAAUGGGGGGCGUUUACUACCAGCUCGCAAAGCUGAUCGAGAUUUAUGGUCACUCAUUCGCCCUGCUGUCAUCGCCCAUGGCUUACUCCUAUAUCUUCAUGGGUUGCGACAUCAUCUCGCUGGUGGUUCAGGCGGUAGGUGGCGGGAUGUCUGGCACUGCCGCAGCAAAUUAUGAAAGCUCUGCCACCGGCGAUCACAUUUUCGUAGCCGGGUUAGCCUUUCAGGUCUUCACUAUGACGGCCUUCUUGUUUCUCUGGUUUCAUUUUUGCUAUCUGAUUUACAUCAAGGCGCGUGAACGUCACGUUGGAGCCCAAAAGUUUUCGCGGAACCUGCUACAGAUCACUCAAACAGAAAUCGACUACUUAUACCGGCCCAAAUUUGAAUUUCUCAGGCAGCCGGAACGCUGGGUCUUCAAAUAUUUCCCUCUUGCUCUAACGGCGACAGUUAUCUUCGUGUAUGUUCGUUGCAUAUACAGAGUCAUCGAAUUGGCGGAGGGCUGGUCCGGCUACCUGAUUACACAUGAAUGGUAUUUCAUUAUUCUCGAUGCACUGAUGAUAUCGGCGGCAACGUUAGCGCUGUCGAUCUUCCAUCCAGGAUUUGCUUUCAAAGGUAAAUCGGUUGGCAUUAAAAUCACCAGCCGGAAGAAGGCUGCGAUGUUGGAGUCUGCCCCAUCUGAGUCUACCCCGUGGGAGCACGAUUCCACUUCGAGCUCGGGCGAAAUGCAAGAGUUGAACAAGUACUCCUCACAAGUUUAA